AGAAGAUAAAAUAGAACAUUCGACAUGCUUUAAUUGUGCUUGCUUAAAAUGUGAUAUACUAACUUUAUUGCUAAAAUAAUCCCAAUGACGCUUUAGAAGAAUGUGUUGGACUUUAUGUAGAAUCAGUGAGUUUAGGGGAAUCUCCUUGGACUACGACUGUGCUAAAGAGAAGAAUGGAUAUACAAACACAUUUAGUAUGUCGUAAACGUCGUCGUAAAUCGCCACGCUAGCUCCCGGUUGGACAUGUGCACAUACAAAUAUUAAGAUUGGGGUAAUAGUUGUCUUGUUUGAUUUGAAGUGGAAUAAAUAUGGCAACUGGACAUACACAGAGAAAUCGGCUCUACCUUUUCCGUCUUCGAAAGCUUCUCGUAGAUGGUGGACUUUUAGUACUAAGACAUAUUUUAGACCGGAAGCUUCAAGUGCGAAACAUCUUGUUCAGCGAUUGUUUGAGUCAAGAAAAGCAUAGGAUCAUUCGACUGAAAGAACAGAACACAAUUACACAGGUCCAAUAUGAUUUGUUGUAUCCGCCACAUAGCAAACCUCCAUCGACAUCAGACUUAGACAUUACGCUUGUGAUAUGUCUACUAAGAAAUCUUGCAAGUUUUGGCUUGAACCAAAACUUUGAUUGGGAGGUCGCACCACACAGAAAAGAUGCCUCUAUCGAAGCAGAUAUGUGCCGAUUGGAACAUAUUACAAAUGAGGUUGCUGAAAUAUCGACAACAACCGGAAUGAAACUGGCAGAUUUUCGUUUUAGAUGGACAGAAAUUGAACAGAUUCUCCUAAGACUGAACACUGCAGUUUCUUAUCGAAUUCCAAACCUGCAGCAGAUAUUUGAUGAUUUUAAAACAAGUAAUCUUGAUCAAGAAGCAGAGGAAAUAAUAGAUCAGAUACUAAAGGAGUUGAGGGAAAUGGAAACUACUCUUGAAACCAAUCAGCAAUCUUGUAAAACACAAACAGAGGUACAAAAGGUGGAUACGUCAGAGUUUGAACAGCAAAGGUCAGAACAUACAGAGCUCUACAGGCCUACACGAAGGACAGUCGCAUAUCAUGAAAGUCAAAUAUCAAAGCACAAUGAGGAUGAAUUUCGACAGAAACAAAAUGUUGAAGGGGUUGCAGGAUCAUCUCCCGAUCAAGAAUUAAUCACAGUUAGGGCUGUUAUACGCAAAGGUUGGAAUAAGCUUAUAGAUUACAUGAUUCCAGAUCCUAUAUUAGAUUGUGCUACAGAGUUCCAUUUGUUACGUUUCCGAGAUAUUCGAGAUAUAAAGGAAGAAAAGAACACAUCUGAUAAGAACAGGAGCAUAUUGAGAAAAGUCAUAUCUAAUGGUGAAGUAGGAUUUAACAACUUAAAGAAGUGCCUGGAGAAGACAAACCAGACAAAGUUGGUCACCAUACUGAAUUGUAUAGAAAAAGGUGAAGAUACUAGAGUUUUGGCGGACCAACUUCAUUCUGAGAUGGUCAGUACGAGGCAUAAAGUAUCCAAAGAAUUGAAGGAAGAUUUAAUAGCUCUCUACAGACAACAAUACAGUACUCUUCCUCUAUCGCCUUUAUUGGAAGAACCAGAUACACAUUUACUUAGAUUUUACGUCAAACCGGAUAUAAGCUCAGUAGAAAUUGAGAGAUCUUUUGGUGGUGGAAGUGAAAUUAAGUCACCGGUUGCCUCGUUGCGUCCUAUGUUUUACAAGAAAGGCAAAUUGUGUCGUGCAAUUUAUCUAUCAGCAAAUACUGGAUUAGGAAAAACUGCAUUUUGUAAGCGACUUGUUUUGACAUGGUGUCAAGCCCACGACUGUGUUGAAAGUGAAGAAAAAUACUUUGAAAAGGACGAUAUUGUUGUUUUGUCCAAGUUCGAGUUUGUUUUUUUCUUGUCAUUACGAGAUUGUUCCAAGGAAUGCAGCAUUGAUGAGAUGAUCAUGAAGAAUAUAACUCCGCGGCUUGCACACACUUCUUCUGUAACUUUAAGCAACCUAGAAAAUAUUCUAUCCAAAGAAAAAUGUCUGUUGAUUUUAGAUGGGUUAGACGAGUGGACACAUCCAGUAUCUUCCUGUACGCUAGGACCAAGUGACCUCCCUCACAGGAAGGCUAGGGAAUGUACAAUCCUUACAACUACUAGGCCGUGGAAACUAAGCGAUAUCAAUCUUAGUUUCAGUGAAAUAGACCAAAAGUUAGAACUUGUCGGACUUAACGGAGAAUCAUCAGAUGAAUUAAAAAGAAGGGUGAUCUCACUAUUAUGUAACAAAAAUGAUGAAAUACUUGAGAAAAAUAUUCGAUACUUUAAUUCAGCUGUCAAUGAAAAAAAUAUGUCAAAUUUAGAGCCCAGUCCGCUUUUAUUGAUGUAUUUACUGUGUUUAUGGUGUGAUGGAACACAAUUAGGACGAUCUAAAUGUGAGCUAUACUGUCAAAUUAUUGAACUGCUCCUAAAACGAACUUUUAGAAAAUGUCCUCAUAUACUGCCUGCACAAGCCCAUUUCAAUGGUUCUGUUCCACAAUGCUUUAAUAAGCUGGAAAAUUGCAAAAGAUACUUGAAAUUUCUGAAAGAUUUAGGGAGGUUAGCUUUUGAAACAUUAUUCAGUAAGACGGGAGAAAAUGUUCUUGCAUUCAACAGCCGAAUUGCUGAAGAAUGCCUGAGUGAAGAGAUUUUGGAUUUAAGCCGUCUUUCAGGGAUACUUACACAAGAUAAAGAACGGACAAAUGUUACAAGGCAAACACAGAAAACAUCAUUUGUACACAAAACAGUACAUGAGUUUUUUGCGGCACUUUAUAUCAGUAUCAGCUGUAAUCGAGACAAAAGAAUGAAAACCGUUUUGUCAUUCUGCAAAUCUGUAAUGAAUAUUCUGGAUAUGUCCAAUGUGUUCAUUUUUAUUAGCGGAAUAGAUGCAAAAUGUUUUUCCUUCCUCUCGGAAGGAUUAAUGAACGUAAUAAACAAAGACAAGAUAACGAAGACAUAUAGAUCUAUGUCGCGGCUCUAUGACUACAGAACGUACAUUCAACCUCUGAAAGACAUACAGGACAUAUACAUAUCUUGCAUCAAUGAAAACCCGAAAAACAAUGAUCUCAAACUUUGUCUGCAAGAUUUACUUAUAGACAGAGACUGUCACCAAGAAUCAUAUUAUGAAAAUCUACAACGUCUGGCAAUACAUAACAAAGACAAUAUGAAGUCGCUUUGUAUAAAGAUAGGAAUUCAUAGUGUACAGGAAGUACUAUAUACCUUAGCACCUUUUGAUAUGGGCAGUGUUGAUAAAAUUUACUAUGAAGGUGAAUGUAAAGAAAGUGAUCUGAUUCUUCUACUACCAGCGUCAGUAAAAUGUAUAACUGUUAUAUCAAGUAUAUGGCAAAAUGAUAACUUCUUAGGUGACUAUAGUUCAUGGUCUUCUAAAUUGUCUCAGAUGUUUCUGAACAUGCAUCAGUUAGAAGCAAUAAACAUAGACUGUUUCAAAAUGAGCCACGAUGAACUAGGGGAGUUUCUGAAUCAUCUUAGAAAUAGAAAAUCAAUGAAGGAGAUUUUGUUGUACUGCUUAUUUUGCAAAGACCAUGGAGCUUCAUGCGAUGGGUUUAAUCUGGACCUCUCGCAUCAUUCAGAUCUGAGAACAUUAGCAUUGAACGAUAUACCUCUGUCAAGUUUGAAAAUCAAUCCGUCGGCGUUGGAAGAUUGUGAUGUUGGCCUUUUAUCGAAACCCGGUCUUCUAUCAUCCUAUCUCGAACACCUUCCGAGAGCUAGAAAAUUACAUUCAUUUGCGUGUGGUCAAUUUGAAUCGUCUUCUGACAUUGAAACAAUGCUUGCAACUUUACCAUUGCUGGAUCAAGUAAAGGAAUUUAGGUUUUCUGAUAUCAAUUUAGGUGAAAGACCUUUUUCACUGUUAUCUGCAACGAAAUGUAUACAAAAUAUUCAAUUAGAUAAGGUGACAAUGUCUGGCUCAUCUUUAAGUGCUCUAGUUAAGGCUGUAGAAAAGCUCCCACAGACUGUGAUAGUAGGAAUAAGAGAUUGUAAUAUAAAGCCGAAAGAAAAACUUGAUGAAGUUAAAACAUAUAUACAGAGAUCAAACCAUUUCGAAGUAACCUUUGAUGGAUAUAAUCAGUACAAUACGUACUCGUUUGUGUUUGAAAGUUCGUACAACAGAUCAAUAACCUAAGAAUGUCUGUUCAGAUCAUUUAAUUAACAGCGCUCCAAAAGAAGCUUAAACGCACGUAACGGUGAAGUUGUAUCAACGUCAGUACCAAACUAAUUGUGAAAUUUAAAUGAAUUGUUCUGGUAGUUUUAUGCAUGGAUAAUUGUGGAUGUUUUGUUAACUAGAUACGUAUCGCAUUGAUAAUAAAAUGAUGAUUAUUUGCCUGCAAAUAAUAGAUGAAACUAAAGAGAUAGCAAUCUUACUUCUUGAAAGGCACCAAAUGGACUUGUGCUCUUACCAAUAUCUUCAUAUUCAGUUCGUUGUUGUUAGAUGAAAACACGUGCAUUAACCCUGUAAUGUCGCGAAAACACAGAUUGAGUUCUUUUCGCAAUCUGAUGAAAACCGCACAUUCGAAUCGUCGUUUGAAAGGCUGACCGAGUAAUUGAGUAAUUUGAGUAUUAAAAUUGCUAUUCAUUGUCUCCUGUUUUUUUUAUAUAUAUAUAAAAGUUCAAUUUGUAAGGAAUAAACAGCAGCAGACUUC